AUGGAGAGAGCUACUUCCAAAGACGAAUUCUACUUUUAUGGUGCCUUAAACAUCCCGAGUACGGAUACCGACAAGAUUCGAUGGUUCGAAGAAAGAUAUAUCACUGACAACUUUGACUUCAAGAAGUUCUUGGAGGAUUUCACAGACGAUGAGAUUGGUGGUAUGCAAGGAAACUCAAAGAAAACAAAGAGUCUAGAUGAGCUUGAUCCUGAGAUCCAAUCCAUUGUUAUGUUAAGCGAUGCUUAUGGAGCCGAAGGAGAGCUCGGGAUCGUCUUGUCAGAGAAAUUCAUGGAGCAUGAUGCUUACUGCAUGUUUGAUGCUCUCAUGAGUGGAGCUCACGGUUGUGUCUCAAUGGCUGGAUUCUUCUCUUACACUCCAGCUAUUGGAUCACACACUGGUUUACCUCCGGUUCUUGAAGCUUGCACUGCGUUUUACCAUCUCUUAUUAGAGUUUGUGCUUCAAGAUUUGUUGAUAGUGUGGGAUGAGAUCUUCUCACCUGAUAAAACUGCGAGAACAAUGGAUCAUACAAACCAGAGCUUCAACAUCUUUGAUUCUCCAAGAGGAGCUCCGAUCUCAGGAAUGGCGAUUUCGAUGAUCUUGUGUUUGCGAUCUUCUCUGCUCGCUACUGAGAACGCAGCUUCUUGUCUCCAGAGGCUGUUGAACUUCUCUAGAAGAUUGAUGUGA